AUGUUUUCCUUUCGUUCUCAGCUGUAGAGGUCCGGACGUAAAUAAAUUUCCAUCAGUGUCAAUUAAGCCGAUCUCCGUCGCUUCGUGCGCCCUUUCUCACAUUCCCAAAAUGACUGAGGUGAAGUUUAGUCCUUUGGCCUACUGCAAAGUGAUUUUGCACGCCGUCAAGUACCCGCACGCAUCCGUGAACGGAGUGCUUUUGGCGCCUGAGAACGCGAAACGCGACGGCACCCUGAUCAUCGAGGACGCCGUGCCGCUGUUCCACAUGGCCCUCACCCUCGCCCCUAUGGCCGAGGUGGCCCUCCAACAGAUCGACAGCUACGCAAGCAAAAACAAAUUGAUUAUUGCCGGCUACUACGAGGCCAGUGAGUUCUUUGACGAAAGUGACGUCAGGAAAGCUAACAGGAUGUCAUACAAAAUUCACGAGAAUUUCCCCGGUUCGUGUUUUGUCACUUUGCGAAAUGAGCUGCUGUCUCUUGAGCAAAGACAAGUGCCUUUGUACGCCUCAACCAAACUGGACGAUUCUGGCUGCUGGUCUCUGCCCGGGAAGAAAGUCAAACUGGAAAAGGAAUCAGUUACGCUACAUGCUGCAAGCAUCUUGAUUAACCUUCAGACCUACGAUGAGCUUGUUGAUUUUGAUAACCACCUCGACUGUCCAAGCAAAGACUGGACGAACGCAGAUUUGGAAUUGACAAUACAGGAGGCGUUAAACAACCCUGAUGACGAGGAUGAGGAAGACAGCGAUGAAGGUGUCGAGCUUGCUAACAAUUAAUUCUCAUUAUUCCCUCCCAUCAAUACCUCUGUUCUGUGUUUGAAUGUUUGCAUUAU